AUGGAAGACACCCAAGUUGUUGACUGGGAUGCUGAAAAGGAGGAGACAGAAAGAUCCAGCAACUCCUUGGGGUAUAUCUUGGUGCCUGUAGGGCAACUGCAUGUCUUUGGUGGUACUCAUGAACCACAAAAAGAUUACCCACUAUACAUUGGCAAGAAUGUGAUAGGACAAAGCCCUGACUGCUCUGUGGUCCUGCCCUUUCCAUCCACUUCCAAGAUGCAUGCUGUGAUUGAAAUCCCAUCCUGGAACAAAGCAGCUCUCCUCCAGGAUUGUGGGAGCCUCAAUGGUACUCAGAUUAUGAAGCCUCCUAAAAUCCUAACUUCUGCGAUUAACUAUCGUUUGAGGAACAAGGACUUGAUUCUGCUUGCUGACUUUCCCUGCCAGUACUAUCGCCUGGAUAUACCUCUGCCUUUGGUCUCCCGUGGCCCUCUAGCUAUAGAGGAGACCCCCAGGAUACAGGGAGGAACCCAACCUUCCAGAAUUUUGUUGGCCGAGGACUCAGAGGAGGAAGUGGAUUUUCUUUCUGAAAGGUGUGUGGUAAAUGAACCAAGGAUCACAUCUUCCCCUUUAACAACAGUAGUUCCAGAAAGUGAUGAAGAGGGGCUUUCUGCAGCCCCAGGUGUCCCAGGGCCAUCUUUUGUUGCCUUUGACUUGGUCAGUGACACAGACGAGGAGGAAGGUCAGCUGCCAAAAGCAGAGGAGGCCUCUUCAGCUGCCAGGGAAGGCGCCAUUGUAGAGGCUGAGCAGCCUGAUGAAAGGACAACUGAUACUCAGCGAGCGAAGGCUCAGGCUACAGUGCAGAGGCACAAGGACAGAGAAGUCAAGACAGAUGCAGGCAAUGAUGUAGUUCCACUUGGGGUGGUUGGGGAGAGGAGCCACCUUCCUAGAAAGGACAGUGACGCAGCUAUGGAUGAAGAACACCAGCCUCCUGGAAAGCCAGCUGGGGCCCACUUGGAAAGGGCUCAGCCUUCAGGCUCUGUGGACAGUGACACAGAUGUGGAAGAAGAGGGGAUCCCUGUGACCCUAGCUGUAGUUCCUGUGACGAAGAGGCAGAUCCUCCGCAGUGUUGGGAAGAAGGGUCCCAGAGCACCUGGCCUCGCACGUCUGCCAGAGAGGCCAUCUGGUAGAGACACUAGUGUGGAGGAGGUCAAGGCCCCAUUGGCUAUUCCUCUGGAGAGAGGCCAGACCUCUGUGGUGAUCAGCAGUGAUAUGGAUGAUGAAGAAGAGGUCUCAGCAGCACUUGCUCUGGCCCAUCUGAAAGAGAAUGGAGCCAUUUUGUGGAGCAGAGACAAAGUCAUGGAAGAAGAUAGGGCCCAACCUCAAACUUCCUGCGGGAGAAACAGUGACACAGAUACCGAGAAGGAGAAGCUCCCAGGAGGAAAGAGAGAAGCCAUCCCCACAGACAAAGAUGGGGUUCUUGUAACACAUUCAGAAAAGAGCCAGCCUCCUCUUGGGCACAAUGAUUCAGGUGAGGAAGCAGAUGUGAGCUCUCCUGGGAUCCAACUUGUGGGAAGUCAGGCCUCCACCUUUCUGGACAAUGUAGACAUGAAGGAGGAUGUCCUACCAGGGCCAUCUGUUCUCCAGAUACCUGUGAAAGAGACAAAUCAAGCAGAUGUGGAAGCAAAGCUGCCUACAGUGCCUCUGGAGGAAGGGCUAGCCUCAGCAGUGGCAGGUGUAGGACAGAGCCAGCUUCCUGAAGCAGCGGAUGCUGGGACACAUUGGGUGACAGCUGUUCUGAAACAGGAAAGCACUUUGGAGGAGGCCCAAGGCAGAUCACCUGUGGCACAAGUGGAGCAGGUGGUGCUGUACGCAGGAUCUCCAAGGGAGCCCUCCAUGCCACAGAGAGAGGGAGCCCUGACCCCCACGGGAUGGGAGAGAAAAGCAUAUGUGGGCAGGACCAAGAGCUCCAAAGACUGCUAUGAUGAUCCUGAAGAUCUAAACCUUCUAGCUACCCAGUGCUUUGUAAAAAUGGAGCAUCAGAGUCCAGAAAUCCAGACCUUGGAAGAUGAACACACCCAAGCCUUCCCACUUACUCUGCCUCAGGAGCCUGGCCCUUCCCAUUGCAGCUUUCAGACUCCAGGAAAAAAAAAAAAAAGAAAAAGAAAAAGAAAUAGUGAACUGAUGAAUGAAUGCUCAGGAUAG